UGAAAAUCUUAUAUCCAUCUCACUGCCUUACGAAUCUGUUUAGAACACUGUCUACUAACUAUAACUCCCUUUGCAUCCUGGUUCAAUUAUCUGCAUAAGAUAUUUUCCUCUCAACUGUAAUCAUGAAAUCCUUCUCCACAUCCCUCCUUCAGAGCCUCAACCGCCGUUGCGUGGCAACCGAUAAUUAUGUCUGCUACCACAUCCCCAUCCCCGCCGUCAUCGGAAUCGUGUUUGGGGCUGCAUUCCUUCUCUUGCUUGGAAUUUUCAUAGCAUUCAUAUGUGUCAAGAGGCGCAGACGUGCGAAAAAGCGCAGGAAUGGUCAGGGGCAGGAGGAUACAACUUUGAAGUAUCUUGGGGGCGCAAGGCCAGAGCCGAUUCCUUUUAAUCCUAAUGCGUAUUAGUGGAGUUACUUAUAGAGAAAAUUUUAGCAUUUGCGUUGGGGUGAGAUGCACGAAAGCAAAAGGAUACAUUUUCAAGUCAAAGGGAUUCUCAUAUCAUGCAUUUUCCGUGCUUCUUGGGUUAAAAAGGCGGUCAGUUUUGGUACAUAGUUUGGGUUUAAAGUUUGAGAAUAAACGUCAGGAUGUCAUCAGCCUCAUCUCAG